UAUAUGGAUGGUUAUAGUGAUGGUUGCCCCUUUUUCUUCGAGCGAAUCCGCGAAUCUAAUCGUCCACAAAACAUUGUUGAUUCCAUGUAAACAGUACUAGUGAACUGUUAAAAAGUGAAGUUAACUGUACCAGUAAAGUACGUGUUGAUUGAGUAGGACGUUUUGGUGAACGAGCGUUAUUAUGGUGGAGGAGGAUGAGGAAUGCUCUUUGACAACUUCUUUCUCACAAAAGCUACUCGUAAUUGAUUCUGAUGAGACCGAACAUGAGAUAUCGGGCUCGAGCAGUAAUACGAACAUUAGCAGAGAUCACCAACAAGCUGCUAUCAUUGAUUUAACAGCUUUGUCUUCAUCCGAUACAUCGCCCGCAAAUGCUCUCAAACAUACGACGGAAGCAGAACUAACUGAUAGCUGGACAUUUGAAGAGCCACCAAAGAGUUCACAAUCAUUCCAAACAACCAAUGAGCGACUGAAUUUCGUUGACAAUAUUCCUGAACCUAUUCAGCGGAAUAGAAACAGUAUGCGCUCCAAUGUAUCCUGUGCAGAAGGUGUUUCCACUGACGAGACACGGAGCCCGUCAAUAGAUAGUUUGUCUUCCUGUUCUGAGGAGUAUAAUGACCGCAAUUCUAACCGUAAAAUAUUGGAAAGCUUCAAAAAUCUAAAAGUGAAUAUAUCAGCUAAAAUAAACAUUAAUAUUCGUUUUGCGGAGACGUGCAACGACACUUCGUUGGAAUCAAAUGAAGAAGAUUCGUUCGAGAUACGACGAGCAUUGAAUAGGCGCAAAUCGCCCGCUGAGGAUGUAUUCUUUAUCAACGAAGGUAUGGCAAACAUUUUGACGGAUAUUUACGGCAGUAAAUGGCAAACUUAUAGAAUGAAGAAAUACUGCCAUCCCAGCAGUGAACAUGUAGCUGAAAGUAAUGACAUGUGUUUUUACAAAUAACAUGAAAGUUGAACGUAAUGCACAAUCGCCCCAAAUCUGUGUUCAUGUCUUAUAGAUAUUCAUUAGUGUUAGGUAAAAACAUAACAUUUCAAAUAUAUAUUAAAUUCUCUGUGAUUAUUUG